CGACAGCGGGUGGGAAAAGCGCUUUUCCUCCGAGAUGCAACAAUACACACGGGAGACAGAGCUUUGCUAUCAACAGUCUGACUCUUGGUCUAACUGGUGGUGCUGGAGAGAAGAGAAAAGCUUCCCACUGCACUGCGCUUUCACUCUCGAUUUUCCGAUUUUCCGGGUCCAGCUCGGGUCCUCCAGUCGGGUUGUGCUUUUUCCCACAGGUCGUUGUUUCGCAGUGCCCUAGUUGCGAUGGGGAGCUUUCGGCGGGAGCUUUCCGUUUGUUUGGGGAGAGUGGGAGAGAGCUUUUUCCGCUGUUUGGGUUUGUUCUCUUAAGCUCGGUUCUCUUUCUUUGUGUCGUCGAGCCUGCUGGUGGGAAAGGAUAAUUGAGAGAUAGAGAAAAUAUGUGGGGAAAACAAGUAAUGCCUAUUAUCGAAUGCAGGGAUCCCCAGGUCCGGCUGGUAGAAUGUAUGGAAAAGCUCAGGCUGGUCUUUGGUGGUGCGUUUAGUUUACAUUCGAAACUGGAGCCAGCUGGUCCUCGCGAGUGUUUUGGGUCUCGUUUGCGUUUAGGAUACCCAACGGGACUUCGCGAUUUUUUUCGUCCAUGCUUUGUGUUGAUAGCUGCAGGAAGGAAGAGAAUGGAUUGUGUAUUGCUGGAAUUGAGUCGCAGCCUGUGAGAAAGGAGGACUAUUUCCCUGUUCGAGGGGAAGGCUUAGCAGAAUCUCUGUUCUAGGUCUGUGGUAGAUGACCCUCUUUCGGGAUUAGUGUUGUGAAAAUUUUCGGAUAAGUUAAGAGGAUGAGUGAGUUUUUUCUUCGGUUGAAUGAAAAGUCACCCUCCGUUUGGAGUGGCUCUAAAUGGUGAUUGCAACAUAUCAUUUGCGUAUGAAGUCAGUUCGAUUUACUGAAAGGCACUGAGCCUUUUGUUUCGGGUGGGUGGAAAUGUGAACACCCCUGUUGUUCAGAGGAAAAGUGGAAAAUACCUAUUAGUUAUUUCGGUUGCCUCUUUGUGGAUGUUGCGACAAUCAGUCUGUCGCGAGUGACGUUCAGGAUUUAAGUGCUUUCUGGCUGUUCUUAUGUUAUGGAAUAUAAACCAUGCUCACAUCGUCAAUGUGAUCGAUACUCGUCAGUAGCUAUCGCCAUCGCCUCCAGCAAUCGUGUCUUGAAUUUAUAGCUAGGCAGCAGAUGAUAUUCGCUUCGUCUGUUGUCUAUAACGCGUGUGCCUAACCCUCAAGUAGUGAGCUCUCCGUCGAUAAUGGGGGAAUGUUUAUAGAAUAUUGAUUCGGAUAAAUCGUUACCCGGAACCCGAGCGCAGUUGAAAGGGUUACUCAACUCGCAACUUAAGUGGUUUCAACGUAUCUCCCACACGUCGAAGAAAUAUCGAGACAUUGACGACAGGCACGAAGGAUAAUAACCACGGCCAACCAGCACGAAGCGGGCCGCUCUUCAAGACUGAAGAACGGUAGUAUGCCAGAGGAUAGUGCGGUCAUGGUUGAAGAUGUUAAAAUGAAAAAUUCCCUCUUGCUCUAUGCCGAGGAUGACUCCAACGGGGAAGCUUCGACGUGCGGCCGUAUUCUCAUCUUUCUCUCCUGGGUCCUGGUGGUGCUGACGAUGCCCUUCAGUCUGCUGGUGUGCUUCAAGGUCGUGCAAGAAUACGAACGAGCCGUAAUAUUCCGUCUGGGUCGCUUGGUCCAAGGAGGUGCUAAAGGCCCUGGAAUUUUCUUCAUCCUACCGUGCAUUGACGCCUACGCACGUGUUGACUUGCGUACCCGAACCUACGACGUCCCACCGCAAGAGGUACUGACGAAGGACAGCGUGACGGUGUCGGUGGAUGCCGUGGUGUACUAUCGUGUCUCGAACGCUACCGUCUCGAUUGCCAACGUGGAGAAUGCCCAUCACUCGACCCGGCUGCUGGCGCAGACGACGCUUCGCAACACGAUGGGUACCCGGCAUCUGCACGAAAUCCUCAGCGAACGAAUGACAAUCUCCGGCAGUAUGCAACUCUCGCUGGACGAAGCGACCGAGGCCUGGGGCAUCAAGGUGGAGCGAGUGGAAAUCAAGGACGUCCGUCUGCCCGUCCAGCUGCAACGUGCCAUGGCAGCCGAAGCGGAAGCCGCCCGUGAAGCCCGCGCCAAGGUGAUUGCCGCCGAGGGUGAACAGAAGGCAUCCCGGGCCCUGCGCGAAGCCUCCGAGGUGAUCGGAGACUCGCCGGCCGCCCUGCAGCUGCGCUACCUCCAAACGUUGAACACCAUCUCGGCGGAGAAGAACUCCACCAUUGUGUUCCCGUUGCCAAUCGACAUCCUGACCUACUUCAUGAAGUCCAAGGAGAGCUACGAGGCGUCCCAUUCGCACUCGUAAGGCGGUCGACCUGAUUGUGGGCGGCGGCGCGGUGCAGGAUAUUUGCUCGAGAACAAUAGCGAACCAAGCAAGCGAGCAAACGGAGCCCCAGAUAUAGGAAACAAAAGAACGGAAGUUUUUUCUUCACACUGUAACGGUAUGUUUUUUGAUCGCGAUUCGUUCAUUUUACAAUGGGACUUUUUCUAUUGAAAGGAGUAACAGUAGCUAAGAGACUAACCGUUUUAUAAAUAUUUGUGUGUAGUGUUACGGUAAUAGCUGAUGCUCUUUCACUCUUUCGCCCUAAAAAAAUGGAAGAAGUAGAGCAACGACAUCAAACAUCAAAGCAUUCUCUAAUUAAGACAUGAAGUUAUAGAAAUUGUCAGUGAACAGUCUGGCUGAAAUAAUUUCAGGCGAAUCUUAAAAAUUACGAAACUAUCUUGGCUCAUCACAUACCUUGAUUAUUUUAAUAUCAUUUCACAAUCAGAUCAGAAUACCUACUGAAAUAAUUGUAUUCAAUUGCUCGAUUUGUUGUUCACUUUGUAUUUUUUUUUCCUUUUACUGUCAUACGUAUCGUUUGCAAUGUAGAUUUGAAGAAGUUGGUGAACCAUGGGGAUACCAAUGGUUUCGAAAACAGCGAAACACGAAUCAAUCGAGGCGUAAAUAUUGGAAUGCGGAGACAUUGCUUUUCAGAUAUUGUUGUAGGUAAUUUCUUGAAGGAAUUCUCUCGGAGAAUUUAUUCAGGGAAUCCUGAAAGAUUUUCCUCAGAAAUUACUCAAUGGUUUUUUAGAGAUUCCUCUAUUAUCAUCAUCAAUCAUCAAAUAAUUUAUAACAGGAUCCCUGGAAACUUUCGUGUAUGAAACCUUGGCAAGAGAAAUUCUUUGAAAAAUUUCCUGCAUAAUGUCUGAAGAAUUCCUGGAAAAAUUCUUGGAAAAAAUACGGGAAAACUGCUGUUGAUUUCA